AACUGCCGAACACCCCAAAAGAAAAGCUUUACAAAAUGCUACAGUUAAGAUGGACUUCUGUCACUUUGUCGUUGCUGUUUUUAUGCCAUGCCGGAUGCUCCUGGAAUGUGUCCCUAAAAUGCAUGCAGGACACAACAGCGUUUCUUACGGAGUUAGAAAAGGAGACGCCUAGCAAAUAUGCAGUACAGAUGUAUGAUGCAUUUGGAAAGAUUGGAAGUGAUGUGGAGGGAGGCAAUGUGAAUCGACCGGGAUCUUUGAGAGAGUGUAUGUCUGUGAGGGGUCCGGACUUCGGGGGUCAGUACUGUCAGGUGUUCCUCAAACAGGACAGGGUGGAAUAUUUUGUGGGUAUUUGUGUACCGGAUUCAUGUGAGGAUUCUGAGGUUCAGACACUUGUGGUUUAUGAGGCGUUUGAGCAGGGACGAAUCUCUUUGCUUCCUCCUUUGCCUUCGGUCUUACUGCCUGAUUCUACAUUGGGAAUCUUUAUGACUCAGUGUAUUGCAGAUUCACCCAAUUCAGAUCCAUCUGCUGUGGUCUGUCUGUUUGUGUGUGCUUUGGUCUUGGCUCUUCCUCUUGUAUCUUCCAUUUGUGUGGCCUUACUUAAAAGGAAGAGACACAGAGAGGUGAAGCCAGAGGUGGGACUUCCUCCUACCUCAAAACCCAGCCAAUACGGAGCUGUCUUGACUAACGGCUCAGCCAAUCAGAGCAAAGAACGCAGUGCCGUCUGGGAAACCACACAAGCUAGGGAUCAGAAUGCAGAAAACGAGCGACCGGGCAUUGCUAAGAUUAUGUUGUCGUGCCUGCAGGCUUUUUCUGUGCAGAAGAGCAGUGAGGGGGUGCUGGCAACAGAAGGUUCUGGAAACAGUUAUUCCUCUCUAAACGGCAUCCGUAUCCUCAGUCUGCUCUGGAUCAUCUCAGGCCACACCGUGCAGAUCAGUGCUUGGAGCAACUUGGACAAUGAUAAGCGAUGGAAGGAGAUGGUGGAGAAAAACCCCUUUUAUGUGUUUGGCUUCAGUGGGCCGGUGUAUCUGGCUGUUGACUCUUUUCUGCUGUUGGGUGGUCUCCUGAGUGCUAAAUCGCUGCUGAACUCCAUUCAGAGAUCAGAAAACACUUUUAGCUCACGUCUGGUGGUCCAUUUCCUCUUCAAGAGAUACAAAAGGAUUCAGCCUCUCCAUCUCUUCAUCGUGUGCCUGACAAUUGGAUUAUUCUCUGUUGUCCAGAGAGGAGUCUUCUGGUUUAUAGCUGAGGAUGAGAUCAUCAGCUGUAAGAAAUAUUGGUGGUCGAACCUGCUCCUGAUCAACAACCUCUUCACUAUAUCAGACAUUUGUGCACCCUGGACGUGGUAUCUCUCCGUAGACUUCCAGUUUUACGCAACAACACCUUUUCUUAUAUUUCUCUAUAGACUGAAUAAAACUGCACUUAUCGUAGUGUCUGUAGUUCUCCUGAUGUUGUCCUGUACGACCGGGGCUCUUAUAACCAGUUUCCUGCAGCUCCCUGUCCACCAGCCCACCACACUGGCAUAUGAAAGCUACUUUCAGUAUUAUUACAAUAAACCCUACACAAGAUAUGGGCCGUACUUACUGGGCAUUCUUGCUGGAAUUUAUAUGACAUCCAAGAAAGAGACCCUUAUUAAGAAACAGUGGCAGGCAGUCAUCGGUUGGUUCUCCUCCCUGUCAAUCAUGGCUCUGUUAGUGGGAUUGGCCUACGUGUUGCGAGAAGUCCCGCCCCACCCAUCACUUCCUCAUGCUGUUUAUCAAGGGUCACACCGUACGCUGUGGGCUCUGGCUCUCAUCUGGGUCAUCCUGGCUUGUGAGGAAGGAUACGGAGGGUUUGUGGAUAAAAUCCUGUCUCUUAGACUGUGGGUUCCUCUGUCUAACAUCAGUUUUGCCUGUUAUCUGAUACACCCCAUCAUUAUUAUACUGUACAAUGGCAAACAGGAGACAGGGGUGCACUACACAGACCUCAACUUUUGUUACCUGUUUCUGGGUCACCUGCUCUUGACUAUCCCUUUAGGGUUUGUUUUAACUGUGCUAAUUGAAAAGCCGUAUCUCUUCUUGAUGAAAUCAAAAUAAUAAGACCUGUUUAUAACAUACUGAGAUGACUGAUAAAGGACUGAAGGUAGAGUUACAUGUAUUUAUUUGUUAUCUUGUGCAGUAUGAAUCAUGUAGAUCACUGUUUAUGAAUUGUUUUAGACCUUUGCUUUAGUUAUUUAAAUACAUGAUGAAAGCUAUAAAGAUGUACAGAAUAAACAUGAGAGUUUCAAAUCAAUGAUAA